AUGGAUAAUUCCAGAUCCUCAUCUCCUAUACCCUCGAAGUCCCAGCCGCCUCCGAUUUUACAACCAACCACAACUGCUUCCCCACCUCCAACUCGAACCAGAAUAAGGCACCAAAAGUUAAAGUAUACUUUUAUAGGUUAUGUUGUUGUCUUAAUAUUUCUAGCUAUUACACAAUUUAUUGGAGUAGGGUUCUUUACCCUGGGAUUCUUAUUAUCAAGAACUGUACUUCCUAAUAUUUCAAGUUGCGAUAACAACACUUGUCUACCACCAAAAUUUUCAAAAGCAGUUGUUUUAGUCAUAGAUGCAUUAAGAUUUGAUUUUGCAAUACCAAUUGAAGGUUCCACGAAAAAUUAUCAUAAUCAAUUUCCAAUACUAUAUGAUCUAGGUCAAAAAGAAAAUGGAUUUCUACUAAAGUUUAUGGCUGAUCCUCCCACUACUACCUUACAAAGAUUAAAAGGAUUGACCACGGGCUCAUUACCUACAAUUCUAGACGCGGGAUCGAAUUUUAAUGGAGAUGCGAUUGAUGAAGAUAAUUGGUUAUUGCAAUUUCAUAAAAUAAAUAAAACUAUAGCAUUCAUGGGUGAUGAUACUUGGACUGCGUUGUUUAGUGAAUAUAUACAUCCGGAUUUCAACUUCCCUUAUGAUUCAUUAAAUGUUUGGGAUUUACAUACAGUUGAUAAUGGGGUCAUAGAACACUUAUUCCCAUUACUCAAAAAUCACACUCAAUGGGACCUUUUAAUUGGCCAUUUUUUGGGGGUUGAUCAUGUUGGACAUAGAUAUGGCCCUGAGCAUUAUACGAUGAAAGAGAAAUUGAAUCAAAUGAAUGAAGUAAUUAAGAAAGUGAUUGAAGAAUUACAAGAUGAUACAUUAUUGGUCGUAAUGGGUGAUCAUGGUAUGGACUAUACAGGAAACCAUGGGGGUGACGCACCAGAUGAAUUGGAGAGUACCUUGUUUAUGUAUUCAAAAAACAAAAAGUUUUAUAAACAACCGUCUGGUUCUUAUAAUAUCUCGAAUAAAGGUUCAGACUACAGACAAGUGAAUCAAAUCGAUUUAGUUCCUACAAUGUCAUUGUUACUAGGUUUACCCAUACCAUUCAAUAAUUUAGGCUUCCCUAUUGAUGAAGCUUUUGGGAAUUUAAACGAAGUUAUAUCUGCAGGAAUCAAAUCAAUUGAACAAAUUAAAAAUUUCAGAGAUUUCACGCCAAGUUUAGCGGACACUUUGAUUGAACAUUAUGAUGGAUUAUUAGACGAUUCACCAAUUUCAAAAUCAGAAACUCUUUCAAAAAUUAAGGAAUAUCAAUCACUUUCCCUCGAUCAAUGUAAGUCUUUAUGGGCAAAAUUUGAUUUAAGAUUUAUUGGCAUUGGUCUUGGAAUUUUAUUUUUGUCAUUAACAUUCAUGGUAACUUAUGCAAGAUCAAUUCCUGCUGUAAGAGUUUCAACGAUGUCAUUUGAAUUUAUUGGAUCAGUUGUUGCGAUGUCAAUAAUGGGAGUUGUAUUAAGCUUUUCAAUCUUUAUUGUAUUAAAACCUGGUGAUUUCACUUUGAAAAUUUGUUUAUUUAUUGGAGCUGCCUUAGGAAUGGUGAUUGGUUUUUGGGCACCAAUAAUGGAUAGAUUCAGUGUUGGAUAUUUAUGGCAUCAGACAGUUGAUUUUUUCAUGUUUAAUUUUAAUAGCUGGUCGUUUAUGGGGAUUAUUUUCGUAGCCCUACAUUGCUUAAUGUUUGCAUCGAACUCAUAUGUUGUUUGGGAGGACAAAAUGAUUUCUUAUUUUCUAGUUUCAUUUGGUGGUUGUUGCAUUCAUGCGAUAUUAGUCAAAUCAAAUAUCUCAAAAGAACAAAAAAUAUUAGGAGUAAGUCAUGCGGUCACAUUUUUGGUGCUAACAAGACUAACAUCUAUGAUAACUGCUUGUAGGGAAGAGCAAAGACCAUAUUGCACUACAACAUUUACCAAUUCCUGGUGGUCUAUUUUAUUAUUACAUAUAAUUUCUUACUUAUUACCGGCAUCCAUCAAAUCCUUUUACAAGUUAUCAGAUUCUUAUCAUUCGGCAGCCCCAUUAUGGAUUGGUACUGGUUUGAAAUUUUUGUUGUUCAUGAAUGCUAUAUAUUGGACUUUUGAAUACGUUCUGACAAACGAGUACUUCAAAAACGCUCACAUGAUAAUUGGGGCUCCAUUAAUAAAGUCUUUAAAAAUUGCCAUUGCGAGAUUGGUUUUAUUUUUUACAUUAGUUUUGGCUAAUUUCAGUUGGGCAAGAGGUCCACUUUGCGUCAAAUUGGAAGUAGAACGAAUUGACAUUGACGUAUCUGAUUCAAGCGAUGAAUUGAUGAGCCAAGAGUCUGCCACAAUUUUGGGAUAUGGGAAUGUAUAUGGAUCGUCAUACUUCUUACUAGUUCUCAACUUCACAAUCGCAAUCAUGCUAACAACUAAACCAUUAGGUGCAAUUUCUAUUAGUAUGUUGAUUAUUCAGAUAUUGUCACUUUUGGAAAUCAUAGAUCUUUUAGGGAUGAGGAAGAAUUUAAUUUCACCAAUUAUCUUUGGUAUAUUAGGAUUUCAACAUUUCUUUAGCACUGGUCAUCAAGCUACGUUACCUUCAAUACAAUGGGAAUUGGGAUUUAUGACAACGGAAACUAUUUUGUUCCCUUUCACCCAUUUAAACAUCAUUUUAAACACAUUUGGGCCAUUUCUAAUCAUAACCUUGUCCGUUCCCUUAAUAACCAUUUGGAAAGUCAAUCCUUCAUCUAAACCUAUCACGGUUUUAUCUCAAAUAAUCACAAAUAUCACCACUUUGAUCACUUAUUUUUUAUUUACUGGGUUGAGCUCUUUAAUUUUUGCAGCUCAUUUCAGAAGACAUUUAAUGGUGUGGAAAGUUUUUGCUCCAAGAUUUAUGCUAAGUGGAAUGUUGAUCAUUUUAGUAAAUUUAUGUAGUAUAAUUAUAACAUUAUGGGGUUCUGGGAAAAUUUUAAAACAAGUUAAUAGAAUCUUUGGUAAAUAG